UGACAGCAGUUUUUUUUCCUUCUUUAAUGGGAGGGUAUGAAUAAAUGUAUGUAAGAGGAUUAAACAGAGUGUGUUGAAUGUUAAUAAGCAAUAAAAAGGGAAAACCUCCAGUUAACUGGGCAGCAAAUACUGCCAGUGUCUUCAUGAGUUUGCUUAACUGAAAUAAUUUACAAGUUUCUUUUUUUCAUUGAAAAAAUGAUUAGUAUUUUUUUCUGUCCUCUGCGUGGUGAUAACAGCUCUGAUUGUGCAUCCAGGAUACUUGCUUCUGCACUUUUUAUUUGUCCAGUAGGAGCAACACACAACCAGCAGGGGGCAGCAAUGCGCCACUGCGGCGUUUAGUUUGUCACAGCGCGAGAAGAAGAGCAAACGGUUUGAGCUGUUUGGCUAAUUUUUGUGCGUCCUCCAGCAGGUUUUGUUGGUCCUUCUGUCAUGUGUCUAAACGCUGUGCGGUAGCGAACCAUGGCCUUCCCUGUGCCGGUGUGGCUGGCGGUGCAGGACGAGCUGCUCGGACCCGGAGAGGAAGACUCUGGUGCCCUGAGCUGUUUCGACAGUUUCGACGAGGAAGCUUUGUUCCAGACGUUCCACCUCACGAAACCCUGCAUCGCCUUCGUCGCCGACGCCGUCCGCAUCCGCAUGAGGACCGUGGCUCCGAAGAAGCCGCUCGUGUCCGUGGACGCGAUGGUCAUGGUGGCGCUGGACUAUUACGCGCACGGAGUCUCCACCGCCGCCGUCCUGCAGAAAGUCGGGCUGACUCAGAGCGACGGUCCCGCCUCCGUCGUCGGCGCAAUCUCCGGAGUCAUAGCCGGGAUGUCCGACCAGUUCAUCUCGUUCCCGCUGACCAGGGACGCCAGAGUCAACCUCGCAGCGAAGACCGAGAAGCUGUGCGGGAUCCCCAGAGUGCUGGGAGUCCUGGCUCCGGCGCACUUCAAGAUCAGAGCUUCUCCGUACGAGAAGGACACGUUCAGGUCGUUUGUGAACACUCAGGGUUACACGUCAGUCGUCAGUCAGGUCAUAUGUGACUCCGAUGGAAACAUACUGAGCGUUGAGAAAUGCUGCGUGGGCAGCACGUGUGAGCAGGAGAUGUGGGACUCGUCGUUCAAGGGAAGAGAGAUGGAGGAGGAGCUGCACGGAGCCUUCUGGCUCAUUGGUGGGACCGGCUACCACUUAACCAAACAUGUCUUGACUCCUGUGUCGGAACCUGCAAAUGACAACGAGGUCCGCUUCAAUGAGGCCCACGCCAAGAUCUACAGUGUCAUGCGGUCAACGCUUGGCUCCAUGAAGAGGCGCUUCAAGUGUCUGAUGCAACUUGGUUUUGCACAAGAAGGCUCUUUAAAUCAAAAGUCAAACAUUAUCAAGGCAUGCAGUGUGCUGCACAACAUCGCCAAAAAGUUCUCUGUCCGUCCUCCACCCCCAGCUGGUAAAAUCGAGCCCCUGCAUGCGGGCAAGCAGCCUUCGGUGCCGACAGAGAUCAACGCUGAGGCCCUCAAAGCCAGACAGCAAGUUAUCGAUGAUUACUUCUCUGUUGUUUCCAGUAGUCAGGACACAAAGAGCAGCAACACCACAGAGGAGGAUGCGUGAGCAAAGUGCUGUGUUGACCUGCUUUAAGCAGCAAGCAAAGAGGAUCAUCAGCAUGAUGACACACUUAAGAGCAAAAACUGGAAGCAAAACCCAGCUGAUACUCUGAGUGUGAAGGAAGUUGCUGUUGUGGUCUGUGCAGUUCGCCACGACUUGGUUUUUGACUUGUUAAAAGCACAUUCAUGUAUUUUUGUGAACAUAUUUUAUUUCUUGUACAAGUUAUCGUUUUCUAUACACAUUUCUUAUUGUUAUUAAAUGUAAUUUUAAAACA